AUGAGAUUUGACAGUAAUGACACAUUGAGAUCAUCUACUUCAAAAAAGCAUGUCAAACUAUCAUUGCCCAAUGUACUUAAACAAAAAGAAAAAUGUGGUGACAUUAUUUUCUGUCAAGAUGUAACAGGCUCUAUUUUGAAGAUGUUUUCAAAAUAAGAUUUUAUAGCAAUGUGGAUGACUCAUGAUCCAGCAAUUCAGAUAAUCAAAUUUCACAAAAAAGAAUUCAAAGUUAAAUUUUGUAAUGAGAUUUUCACAUUUGCUGCAGUAUGUAUGACCUCUCAUACUAAUGGUAGUUCAGAGUUAUAUGGGAUAAUCUUCAUGAAAAAAUAAAACUAUGUUAACUAUUUUGAUAUAAAGCAACAUUUUGGAAAUUUUGUCAGUAUUGCAAAAAAUUGCAUUAAGACACCUACUAUUUUUGUGGAAAUAUUUCAGCAAAAAGUCUUGUCUCAGAAAUAUUUAUUAUUGAAGUUGGCUGUUCCAAAAUAUGCUACUUGUCAAUCUAAGUAUUUCCUUAGAAACACAUAUUUAUCAAACUAUAGUCUAGGAGCAAUACUUAUCAAAGCUACUGACAAAGCUUCACCAGAAACAUCAAAGGCUAUAACAGAAUAUACAGAAUAUAGCUUUCUUGAGUUUGAUCUAGAGUCUGCAAGCAGUAAUGUGAUCAAAGCAUUCAGAGAAACUAGAUUUGCAUGUGCUCAUUUCCCAAAGCCAUAUCAGAAAAUUGAAAUUCAAUUUUCAAGAUGGAUUUUCUGCGAUGGACUAGAUGAUAUAUUAAGUAUUUGUAUUGGGGCAUAGACAUAGCACUGGAAAGAUAUCUGAUUUAUUGAGGUAGCUAGAUUAACAAACAGGUACAUAGCCAGUUUGAGUCUGCCAAUGAUGAAUGGUAUUAUCCAAAAAUUAAAUUAAAAAAUCUCUAACUUUUACCCUCAGAAGGGUUUUCUUCUACAGUUCUUUCCUCAAAAGAAAAAGUCUCCAGGAUUGUACUGGAAAUUCUUCACUGAGUAUUAAGAAGUUAAAAACAAUAAACUAUUUUCUGAAUUAACAACAAAAACCUCCGAAGAACAGCAUUUUUGUCAUGAUGGGAAAGUAUAUUGGUAUUUUUUUUUCUCUUCUGAAAAUUGUAUUUCACCUUGCAUUAAAUGGAUGUAUGUGAAAAUGGAACGUCUGACUGAAUCAGAAUCUCAGGCUUCUGAACAAUCCUCCACAAAAAUAAUCAGCCUUUAUCAUCAUCUAGCCUGUAUACUUUCUGUGAACUGCAAGUGCAAGAGAUUCAAAUGCACUGCAAAAAAUAAAAUGCUUGAUUUUUCUGAAAUUGGAGUACAAUUAACCACCUUAUUUGAUUAUUUGUCAAUAUUGAAUCUUGUGGAUUCAAUACUUACUACCGCAUGCUAUUCAAAUUACUUACUACCGCAUGCUAUUCAAACUACUACUGCAGAAAAUGUUGUGUACAAAACCUUGGUCAUAAUUUUGAAUUGUAUGCAGUCCCAUAAUCUUGCAGAAAAUUCGAGUCUGAAAAGUAUUGGUUUGGAACAAAACCUAACUGAGGAACAAAGGGCUUUUGAGGAAAACCUCAAAUAAAUGUAUGAACUUCCUGGAGAUUUCUAUUCAUUUAUGAUUAUGGAAAAAAACAUUGAGAAUAUAGUCCAGAACACACUGAAAGAUCUCAGUGUUGCAAAUGAGGAAGCACAAGUUAUUUCCUUUCUAGCACUGUUAGAUUCUUAUGAUAGAGAAUUCAUUAUCUCUGUAAUACAAUACAAAGAGGAUUGGGAAAUAAGUAGUAAAGGAAAAAAUGAAACUAAAGUCCAUGUGAAUAUCAAAAGCUUGGAUGUGAAGAUGGGAAAUAGUUCCAACAUUAUACUAUAAUGAAAAAUUGAAGCACAAGAACAUAGACAGUAUCAAAGAGUAUAUAUGAGUCUCAUGCUGAUUCCCGAACAGUGCCUUGAAGAAUUUAAGUAAAUAUUUAAGCUGAUUAAAAAGAAGAUGAUUACUGAAAAGGGACUUAUUUUAUGGCAUUGGCCUAAUAAAUUUCAGCAAGAUGUGGAAAGCAUGCAGCUGAGGAGACACAGAAAGGAACAUGGGGAUUAUACAGAAACAUCAAAGGUUAUUGCACAAUUAUUCCAUCUUUCCCACCUUAACAAAUUCGUUAUGGUAGAAAGAAUUGAGAGAAAAUUAGGAAAUGUAUAUACUGAAAACAUUACCUUUAGGCUCCACUAA